AUGGAGCAACCUUUGCCUCCAAAAGACCUAGGGGGUAUGGGGUUCAAGGAACUCCAAAAGUUUAACGACGCUAUGCUAGCAAAGCAGGGGAAUAUUCUUGAGGCAAAGGAAGGCAAUGGUUCAUUCACAUGGAAAAGUAUCCUUAAAGGGAGGGAGAUCAUAAAAAAGGGUGCCAAUUGGAAAGUGGGUUGUGGAGAAAAUAUUCGCAUAUACCAUGACAGGUGGCUGCCGGAUCCUAACUGUGCUAAUGUCCAAUCUCCUCCAAUUUUCUAUGGCAGCGAUGCGCAGGUAUCAGUGCUAAUUGACAAGGAUAGGAGCUGCUGGAUUGAAGAUGUUGUAGAUAAUAACUUCCAUCCCUUAGAAGCGAAGAUGAUCAAAUCGAUCCCUCUGUGCUUCACCGUAGGAAAGGACAAGCUAUAUUGGCCGGGGAAGGUGGAUGGUGUCUAUUCUGUUAAGGCUGGUUACAGAUUUUUUAUUGAGGAUGAGCUGUCCUCAAUAGCGGCCUCUGAUGCUCUUCCGUCUCGGGUCAACCUGAUGAAAAGAAAAGUCUUAUCUGAUGCUACCUGCCAAGUUUGUGGAUCAGAGCCGGAGUCCUCACUGCAUGCUUUGUGGAUGUGUUCAAAAUUGGAUAUGGUCUGGGAUGCUCAUUUUGGCCCACUCAGGAACGAUGCUAAAGAUUGCUCAAACUUCCUUGAAGUUAUCCAGGUAUGCAUGGAGAAAGGCCACCCCACGGACUUGGUUGCAAUGACCACAUCGCUAAUCUGGACUAGAAGGAAUAAGCUCCGUCUGGGUGAAUCAGUGCCAGACUUGAGGCUUCUACACUCUAUGGCAAGAGACGCUCUUCAAGAAUUUCAUCACGCCCACACUCCGGCACCCUCUCCUACUCAUACCCGAAGCCUCACCGAGUGGGAACCGCCCCCUAUGGAUUGGGUGAAAAUUAACUUUGAUGGCGCCAUCUUUAAAGCGAAGGGUGAAGCAGGGCUAGGAGCCAUUAUUCGCAAUGACCAUGGUCUAGUUAUGGCUGCAUUAGCACAAGUUAUUCCACUGCCCACCUCGGUGGAGAUGGUGGAAGUGUUGGAAGCAAGACGAGCUCUUUCUUUUGCACAAGAGCUUGGGUUUGAUCAUAUCAUCUAG